AUGAGAAACCGAGGAGUUCCUCUUCAACCGAAAAUCGACAUGGCAGGUCUGAAAGACGAUGAAUGCAGAAGAAAAUUCCGCCAACGUGUGUCUAUUCAUGUUGGAGUACGGACCAGGAAGAAGCUUAGCGAUGCGGAUUCCUUCACAAAGUGCAUCCAGGACGCUGCAAAGGAAACGCUCCCGGUUCUAUUGCCGCGGAAGAAGUUUGCCUUUGCAUCUGCGAAAGCAAAAUCCACAUACAAUUCUGUAUUUGUCGCGCGCAGCGCUGGUGACUUCAACCAGGAAAAGCGUCUUAGAAGGAAGCUGCGUCGUCAACUGCAACAAGACCGCGAUAACGAGUAG